UUCAGAUCUGAAGGAGUCGCUGAGCGAGAGCAUGGCUGCAGCGUCAUCAUCGGCCUCGCCGCUGUAUCUGUCAGCGCCUCUUUACACAUGGGAGGUGCGUCAAGCAUGAGCACACAGACCGACAGAUGAAGGGCGGGCAUCUACGCUGCCUGCCUGCCUGCCUGCCUGUGUAUGUGUGUAUGCGGCGGUGCAGGUGUCGGGCGAGGACCACGUGAGUUACGAUGAGUUCCACCAGCGUGUGCUGCACCAGCAGCCCGAGGGCUUCUUCGCCAUCGACAUUGCCAAGGAGGGACUGGCAAGGGACGGACUGCUCGUCAAGUAAAGGGAUACAUCGGUGGAUGGAUGGAUGAAUGGAUGGAUUGGCAGACCUCAUUCGCGUGCUGUGGUGUGUUGUGUCAGGUUCCGUCCCGUCCGCGCCAUCCGGUUCUCGCCUGACGGCAGCUACUUCGCCUACCUCGCAGACACCAAACCGCCAACCAUGGUCAGACAGACACAUACCAAUGACCCAUGUGAUGGACGUAUGCACUUCUUUCCUGUCUGUCUGUCUGUCUGUGUGUCUGCCUGUGUGUGUCCUGAAGGGUGCGGUGAACGUGUUGCAUCCCGAGACGAUCGACGUGCCGGUGCCGCUGCGGACGGCGGGUGGCGACUGGACCAUACUGGCCUUCUUCUGGCUCCCGGCCGUCUAUGUGGAGUUCGCUGACCUAGUGGUCGUCUCGACCAUGGGAAUCGAUGUCUACCGGGUGGGUGUGAUGUGACCGGGGGCUGGGUGUGGGCACUUGAUGCGUGUGGAUGCUAUGUGUGGCAGUUUACGUAUGACACAUUGACGGUCAAGCACCUGCGUCGCUUUCCCGCCACGGCAUCCAUCUGCUGGUAUGAGGUGAGCCAACAGGCGAGAGAAGCCGUUGCGUGUCGAUCGACGCCCACGUGUGUGUAACCUUCAAUCAGAGCUCCUCUGGCUUCGUUGUGCUGGCCACCGGGCCGCGAACUCUGCAGCCAUACCUCCUCUACUGCAAAGUACGGCAAGACACCAGGCAUUAGUUCGGUCACUCUCCCUCUCUCUCUCUGUGUAUGUGCAGACGCCCACGAAGCUGCCCAAGUUCGAGUUGAAUCUGCAGCGUCACGGCAGCCUCGAGGCGCAGGACGUGGCCAUCAUGACCCUUUACGAGUGGACCUUCUGCAUCCACAUGGACACCAUGGCCGGCCGGGUCGCACUCAGAUCCCUCUCAGGACCACACCCUGUCAGUGAUCCACGCACGCACACACACCGACGCCACUCACUCGCCGGCUCUCGUAUGCCAUCCUCUGUGUGCAUCAGGCGGACAUAGUGCUGGAUGUGCAAGGCCCCGGCCCCCUGCGGCUGUCCCGUGUCGACAACCUGCUGGUGGUCCACCGGCUGGACAAGUGCAUCUCCCUGAUAUUCGACAUCAAGCAGGGCAAGACCCUCACCCCCAUCUGCAGGCCAGCCCCCCUGGCCGUCAGGCACGAGGGCUCCGGCCCUGACGACUAUGCGGGUGGUGGUCUGCUGUCACUGGGGAGCGGGAUGCGUGGCGUGGGUGUGGUUGGUGAGGUGGAGGGGCAUGGCGAGGACGACGCCGUGUCGGUGACGGACUCGCACUCGUCGGUCGAGCUCUGUAAGCUGGAGGGAGCGGCGGUGUGUGUGUGUGACGUCAUAGGUAGCCUGUGUGGUUCAUUGUGUUUGUUGGAUAUUGUCAGAUUCGCCUCAGUGGCGGUUUGUGAGUGCCGACAUGAUCGUCGACGAGGGAGGUAAAUGUGUGUGUAUGUUAAAGAAUACACAAAAGAGGGAGGGACCCGGGUCGAUGCUGGUUGUUUCUUUCUGUCAGCUGGUGUGGUGUAUCGGCUGGAGCUCAACAUGGAUGCCGUCGCCGAUGAACUCAUGCAAAUCAGCAAGGUGGGGAGGGGACUAUAUAGGACGCUCUCGCCUCUAUUUGUCCACCCACCCGUCCAUCAUCCCGUUAGGUUGAGGUGGUUCGUGUGUUGCUGCGGCGCAUCAACUGCCGCCCGCGAGUCGUCAGCACACUCAGGAAGGCACUCGACCAACAGUAAGACAAGCAGGCACGCAGGCAGACCACUCGACCUGCUCACAACAACAUGUGUCUUUCUUUCUGUGGUGUGCAGGGCGCCAUUGGAGGAUCUUGCCUUGCUCUUUUCGGUGCUCAACCAGGUGUACAGGGCCGCUAUAGAAAGGUGACACCGACAGACACAUCACAACCACAGACAAGGCCAACAGAGAUGGCCAUUCCUCCUGUCCUGUUGUCUGUCAGGGUGCCUCACAAGGUGGCGGCCGCCACCACGCGCCGCGCGACCGUCUCACUCGACAUGCUCCUGCAGUUCGUGGUAGGGGCGUAUGUGCGGCCACACAACCCACACACACAAAACCGAGACACGAUCGCUUUGUGUGUGUGUGCUUCUGGUGCGAUGCAGGGGCAGCAGACCAUCUUGACCGAGAAGGACGUGGUGCUGGAGGUCAUGUACCCCUAUCUCCUUGCCAUCGCCAAGGCACCCCCAAACGCCCCCAUCCUCGAGCUCGCCUACCAGCGACGAUUCGGCCCGCCAACACAACCAGCAGCACCGGCAGCAGCCAGGGAAGGUGAUGGUGGUGGCGGUGAUGGCGAGGGCGAGAAGGGGAUGGAUGAGCUGAAGAGUGACGGGGUGCCGUAUCUGAUGAGUGUGGCGCUCGAGUACAUGAGGAGUCUCCUCAACCUGCAGAUACUGCCGCACAGGAUACUGCAGGCCUUUGUCUUCGAGGUGGGGGUCUUCUUCGAACAAGGUACGUGCAAGGUGUAGACACAGAGGAGCACUGUCGAUUAGCACAUGCAUGUGUGUGGCGUUGGCCGGCAGACUCCCUGCUGCAGCAGCUGCUGCAGUAUCACGUGCUGCUCGACUCCAUCGACCUGGCCCAAAGGUACGCAAAGACACAACGGACACGGCUCUGAGAGCCUUCAUGUGCUGAUGGUGAUUUCUUCCUCCCUCCCUCCCUCCCUCCCUCUGUCUGUCUGUCUGUCUGUCUGUCUGUGUGCGUACAGGUUGUUCGGCCUGUGGAAACGGACGGGCUAUGCCUGGGCGCGACAAGCUUGCCUCGGUGAGAAGGAGCAGGCAACACGGAGACACACACACUCACCCACCAUAAACGGGACUGCGUGUUCACAUAGACAUGAGCCUCCGACUGCGCGAGUGGAGCCUCAUCGCCGACGUACUCAUUGACCUGAAAGAGGUGAACAAAACACCCACACGUAGAGAGAGAGAGAGAGAGGGAAAACCGAACCAGACACCACAUCCGUCCGUGUGUCAUGCACGGUGUCAGUAUUUGGAUGUGGUGCCGAUGCUGCGCCGACACGGCGUGUCGACCUACCCCAUCAAGGAGUUCCUCCACAAGGUGGCCGACGACGUUGAGGCCCAGCAGGCAGACCCGUUUGUCCUCCCACAUGUGCUCGAGUCCGUCAGGGCAUGGAGAAGGUGAGCACACACACACACAUACACACACGCGCACCUGACCACGGCAUGCAUGCCACUCUCGGGGUGGGUGACUGCAGGGAUUCGCAGGAGAACCCUUCAAAAGUCCCCCCACCGAACCUUCGCGAAUGCGGGCUAUGGCUGCCAGGUACUCAUGUGUCACACCCCUCGCCCGCCCACAUCGGCCACUACAGGCACACCGGCACACAGCAUGAAUGCCCUUCUUCCUCUCUCCAUGAAUGUAUGGAUGCAGACAUUCGUUUCGGCGAUGAGGACAGCGCGGCCCCCGGCCAUUCAUCCAUCGCCGGCUACCAUGGCCGAGACCGACCCCGCCUCUCGCCCGCCGGCAUAUCUGGCACCACCAGCACCAGUAAUCCCCACCCCCACCACCCACAUGGUCAGCCCGACAGCAGCAAGUGGUCAAGCCCCGGGCUGUCGUCGAGGUCGGCGGCUGACUCGCCGCCCCUCACGCACCUCGACCACCAUGCCGAAGGGGGGCUGGGGGAAGAAAGGAAGGCUGAGGGAGGGGAUGAGAGCAAGCUGGGCGGGUAGCGUAGCGCUGAUGAUUAGCUAGGUACAGGACGACCCGGACGACAAGAAGAAGGAAGGGAGCGGGGAGACGGAGAGAGAGGCAGACUUGCCUGUGUGUACUAUGCUGUGUUUGCAUGGAUUGAUGUGCAGACAGACACACGCCCGUUUCGACUAGGGUGAUAAAGACAAGAUGGUGUGGUUUGAUG